CCAUACUGUGGUUUUAUGUGUGCAUGGACUGGACAGGGUCAUUCAUUCAUUCAUGUACAGAGUCAAGUGUGUGCAGCUGCACUGCAGCCUUCCCUUCGCAGAGAGGCUCUGAAACACGGCCAUGGCAGCGCAACACACACAGACAGAUAGGGAAUGCAGCGGUAGUCAGUGCCGGAAAUGACAGGAAGUCAGCAGGGGGGAGCAUCGACAGAUCAAUGAGUCAGUCAGUCAGUCAGUCUUGCAUGUCGUCAUCUUGUUGCUCGUCGUCGUCACUCGUCGUCUUGCGCACAUACAGCACGUUGUUACACCUGCAAUGCAACCCCCACACACGGCGCGGCGCGUGUGAGGUGUAAACGCCGACUCAUCCAUUCACUCAGUCACCUGAUGAGUAUCUCUCCGAGGGUGCCUUUGAAGUUGCCGUCAAUCCACUCCUCGGCGUUGAGGAGCUGGAAGUUCAUGUAGUCAUCCACCGACUUCAACGUGCCUGAACGAACCAAUCGGCCAGCCACACGGACACACAUCAAUGGUGCACUGACUGUAAUCUGUGUGUCUGCCUGGCGCACCUUUGUACUCCAUGCCCCACUUGAGCUUCACUAUCACCUGCACACAUGGACGCGCACACCAACCAUGAGCGAUGCCCAUCCGCCUCGGCGUCUGUUUGCUCACCUGCUUCCCUGACAGAUCCUGAAGGAAAGGUUUGGGGUUCAGGGGAGUGAUCUGCAGCCAACACACGAUCACACAGCAGCAUUCGGCAUCCUGCCUUCUCUCUCUCUCACCCCGCUCAUGAUGCUGCCUUGUCUGCGUCGUGCAGCGAAGUCAACAGGGAGUGAAGAUCCAAGUCAAAAGCGGACGCCGACGUGGAUGCAGAGUGCCCACGGCGCCUUCUGGGCUGAGAUGCCGCUUUUUGGUUUUGUGGCAACCUGGUCACAGC